GUUUGUGUGAGAAUGGAGGGCUACAUUAGUAUCUCGUCACUACCCAAGUGGGCUAAGUCAGCUGUUGAGCACCGGUCUAAGGAUGCUAUCUGUGCAUUGGUCAAUGAGCUUAUCCAGCUUGGGGGGAAUUUGGAUUUUUUUUCAAGAUUCCAGGAGGCUUAUGAGGCAGUGAACGAUUCUGUUAUGCUCUGCCGUGACCUUGUUUCUCUGGACCCAGGGACCUACACCUCAGAUUUGGCCGAGUCACUCAACAGUCUAUAUUGCACUCUUUCCAAUCUUGGGAGGCACUCGGAGGCACUCCCAUCUAUUGAAGAAAGCGUCAAACUCUACCGCCAGCUAGUUGCUGUUGACCCAGGAUUAUACACCCCAGAUUUGGCGAUGUCACUCAAUAAUCUGCGUAUUGCCCUUUCCAGUCUUGGAUGGCACUCAGAAGCACUCCCAUUCAUUGAAGAGAGUGUCAAGCUCCGGCGCCAGCUAGUUGCUGUUCACCCAGGAUCACACACCCUGGAUUUGGCCAUGUCACUCAGCAGCCUAUGUAAUGCUCUGUCCAAUCUGGGACGAGACUCAGAGGUGCUCCCAUUUAUGGAAGAAAGUGUCAAACUCCGACGCCAGCUAGUUGCUGUUAACCCAGGAUCAUACACCCCGAAUCUGGCCGCGUCACUCAACAAUCUAUAUAUCAUUCUUUCCGAUCUUGGACGGCACUCGGAGGCACUCCCAUUCAUUGAAGAAAGCGUCAAACUCUACCGCCAACUAGUCGCCGUUCAUCCAGGAUCAUAUACCUCGGAUUUGGCUAUGUCACUCAAUAAUCUACAUAUUGCUCUUUCUGAUCUUGGACGGCACUCAGAGGCACUCCCAUUCAUUGAAGAGAGCGUCAAACUCCGACACCAGCUAGUUGCUGUUCACCCAGGAUCAUACACCCCGGAUCUGGCCGCGUCACUUAACAAUCUAUAUACCAUUCUUUCCGAUCUUGGACGGCACUCGGAGGCACUCCCAUUCAUUGAAGAAAGCAUCAAACUCUACUGGCAACUAGUUGCCAUUCAUCCGGGAUCAUACACCCCAGAUUUGGCUAUGUCACUCAAUAAUCUACAUAUUGCUCUUUCUGAUCUUGGAUGGCAUUCAGAGGCACUCCCAUUCAUCGAAGAGAGUGUCAAACUCCGGCGCCAGCUUGUUACUGUUCACCCAGGAUCAUACACCCCAGAUUUGGCCAUGUCACUCAGCAGCCUAUGCAAUGCUCUUUCCAAUCUCGGACGGCACUCAGAGGCACUCCCAUUCAUCGAAGAAAGUGUCAAACUCCGACGCCAGCUAGUUGCUGUCAACCCAGGAUCAUACACCCCGAAUCUGGCUGCGUCACUCAACAAUCUAUAUACCACUCUUUCUGAUCUCGGACGGCACUCGGAGGCACUCCCAUUCAUCGAAGAAAGUGUCAAACUCCGAUGCCAGCUAGUUGCCAUUCAUCCAGCAUCAUACACUGCGGAUUUGGCUAUGUCACUCAAUAACCUAUGUACUGCUCUUUCCAAUCUUGAACGGGACUCAGAGGCACUCCCGUUCAUUGAAGAGAGCGUCGAACUCUACCGCGAGCUUGUUGCUGUUCACCCAGGAUCAUUCACCCCGGAUUUGGCCAUGUCACUCAGCAGCCUAUGUCACGCUCUUUCCAAUCUGGGACGGCACUCGGAGGCGCUCCCAUUCAUCGAAGAAAGUGUCAAACUCCGACACCAGCUAGUUGCUGUUCACCCAGGAUCAUACACCCCCAGUUUGGCCACGUCACUCAACAAUCUAUAUGCAACUCUUUCCAGUCUCGGACGGCACUCGGAGGCACUCCUAUCCAUUGAAGAAUGUGUCCAAAUCCGGUGCCAGCUAGUUGCUGUCAACCCAGGAGCACAUGCUCCAGGAUUGGCUAACUCACUCAAGAAUCUACAUACUGCACUCUCCAAUCUCGGGCGUCAUUCUGAUGCACUAAUGGUCCACGGUUGAGUGGCCUAGGUUCUCUGGUCUUCCCUAUUCCGCUUAUCAUUUCCUUUUCCCGUGGGCCACCCACAUCACAAUGCACAUGCUGCAAGUGUGAAAGGUAGAACACUGACGACGCUAUCCCAGUUUUUCGUUAGAGACUAUUGACAAUACUUCCACAGGGUUUGCUAGCUACUAUGCCCAUAACAGAUCAGGGCCGUAUCUUACAAUUUUUUAUAUCGGGUGUUCAUUUAUUUGUCUAAACCAUUUUGUCUGCCAUUGAUUGCUCAUCGCCGAAGUCCUGGUCCAUAUUUCUGCAUACCAUCAUAGGUGAUGACACCGAGGUUUUGAUGGGCGAUGAAUGUUGGUGCAAUACGAAGCUGACUAGUUGACAUUGUCUGGUGCAUCGUGCUA